AUGUCUACCGAUUUCAAGGGCAAGUUGGCCAUCAUUACUGGCGCCUCGAAGCUGAACGGUAUUGGCUAUGCAACGGCACAUAUUUUAGCAAGGGGUGGCGCCGACCUUGUUCUUACCUACAACACCAACAAGGUAGCCAUGCAGGGAGUCGUAGACAAGAUCCAAGCCCUGGGUGUCAAGGUCAUCGCUGUUCAAGCCAACGCAGGCUCUCCAACUUUCGGAAAGGACUUGAUCGAUGCCACUACUAAAUCAUUUCCUGGCCGCAAGAUCGACAUCAUUGUCAACAAUGCCGGUCAUGCCACUUUUCAGGAGUCGCCUCAAGUUGUGCCGGUUGAAGAGUUCGAUGCGCUGUUUCAUCCUAAUGUCAGGGGUCCCCAACUUCUCAUCACAGCAGCCCUUCCUCAUCUCAGUUCUCCAGGAGGACGUAUCAUCAAUAUUGGAAGUCUCGUGGCCAAAACUGGAUCGAAAUACUGCUCACUCUACUCUAGUACCAAAGCUGCCCUCAACACACUGAGUCUUGCGUGGGCUGAAGAGCUUGGUGGGCUAGGCAUUACAGUGAAUGUGGUUGCGGCGGGGCCGAUUGACACUGACUACGCGCCACCGGAGGAAGCACCUUUGACUCAGAAGUUCAGAGUCCAGCAGUAUAUCAAACGAAAUGGAAGUGCUGAGGAAGUUGCAAAUGUUAUCGCAUUUGCGGCAAGCCCGGCUGCCAGCUACUUGACUGGACAGGUUCUGGGCGUAGAUGGCGGCCUGGUCCACCCAUAA